AGCUCAGGCUCCAGCCCCACCCGCACCGGACCCGGCCACCCCACCCACCAUUUCGGCGCGGAGACCGCUUCUUCUCCUCGCCUCCUCCCCCGCAACCCUCUCCCCCCCCCCCUCCUCCGCGCUUCCCUCCAUUUGUCCCCGCCUCCCUCCCUCCCGAUCUUAACCACCCUCCACGCCCUCCCGCCACCCGGUUUUGUUCGCUUCUUCCUCUCUCAAACCAAACACUCGCCCUCUCCCCCCCUUUCCAUCUCUCUUCUUGUUCUCCAAGAGGAGGAGGAAGAAGAGGAAGAGGAAGAGGAGGCUCCCUGCCUGCCUGUCCAAGAAAAGGGUAGAGAGAGAGGAGGAGGAGGAGGAUGAGCGCGUCCAGGUUCAUAAAGUGCGUCACGGUCGGGGACGGCGCCGUCGGCAAGACCUGCAUGCUCAUAUCCUACACCUCCAACACCUUCCCCACCGAUUAUGUUCCGACAGUGUUUGAUAAUUUCAGUGCUAAUGUUGUGGUUGAUGGCAACACAGUCAACCUCGGGCUAUGGGACACUGCAGGUCAGGAGGAUUACAACAGACUGAGACCACUGAGCUAUCGUGGAGCUGAUGUUUUCCUUCUGGCGUUCUCUCUAAUCAGUAAGGCCAGCUAUGAGAAUGUUUCGAAGAAGUGGAUACCUGAACUGAAGCAUUAUGCACCCGGUGUGCCAAUAAUUCUCGUGGGCACAAAGCUUGAUCUUCGAGAUGACAAACAGUUCUUUGUGGACCAUCCUGGUGCUGUUCCUAUCACUACUGCUCAGGGAGAGGAGCUAAGAAAGCAAAUAGGCGCUCCAUACUACAUCGAAUGCAGCUCAAAGACCCAACUAAACGUAAAGGGUGUCUUUGAUGCGGCGAUAAAGGUGGUACUGCAGCCACCCAAGGCGAAGAAGAAGAAAAAGGCGCAGAGGGGGGCAUGCUCCAUUUUGUGAUCUAAUCAUAAGUAGACAAAGAACAAGGGCGAAGUUGCCAUGCUUUAUUAUUUGUUGCAUCUUGCUUCAGCGAAACAGCAUUGGUGGUCCCCCUAGGUUUACUGGCAGCUGCAGCAAGUUCUCUUUAUCGAGGCAUUGAGCGAUCCAUUUGUUUCAUUUUCUUCUUCCUGCCUUGUGAUUAUCUGGUGUGACUGACAAGUCAUGGCAAUUAGGUAACGUGCUUAGAAGGUAUUUCCCGUGUUUGAGCAAAAAAUAUCUUGCUAUCUAUGUUCCAUAAGUAGACAUGAUGUACUCGUACUAAGUUUAUAUUUACUUAUUUCACUUAAAUGGAAAAUUAUGCUUCCCAUUA